AUGUGUGUUGCAACAUCAUGCGGUCGACUUUUGUUUUUUGUGAUAAGUAUCUUAUUAGAUUUCAUAUUAAUAUAUGCUACAGGAUUACACGCAAAGAUCUCAAAUACGACUAGGGAUGGCAUUUCUUCAGUUACGAAAAAAGAAUGCGGCACUGACUUACACAAUGUUAAUGGUACUUGUACUAAAUGCCCUAAAGGAACACGAGGGAAUAACUGUUCUGAAAAAUGUCAAACCAAUAUGUACGGAGAAUCCUGUUUAGAGAAAUGCGACUGCCAAUCACACCAAGAAUGCAAUUACAUACAUGGCUGCAUAGAUUCUUUCGGAAUAUGCAGUAAUAAGGAAAGCGAUGAUAUAAUUUGCUGUGAUAACUUUCUACUGACAAAUGGACAUUGCAAAGCUUGUCCAUUGGGGACUUUUCGGACAAAUUGUUCUCUGGAAUGUCCUGACGGUUAUUACGGUAUGUUUUGCAAAGAAAAGUGUGACUGCAAAACGUCAGAAUGUAAUAAGGCUGUUGGAUGUCCUAAAAAAGAUACUUGGGGGAUAUGCAGUAAUAAGGAAAGCCCUGGUGUGGUUUGUUGUGAUAACUUUAUUCUGUCUAAUGGAAAUUGCAAAGCUUGUCCAUCGGGAACAUUUUGGACGAAUUGUUCUUUGGAAUGUCCUGACGGUUAUUACGGUAUAUUUUGCAAAGAAAAGUGUGACUGCAAAACGUCAGAAUGUGAUAAAGCUGUUGGAUGUCCUAAAAAAGACUCACCUGACUUGCCACCCACAACGUCAAAUAUAACCAUAGUAGCAGUCUCUCUGGCCAUCACCAGCGUUGUGAUAGGUGUCACAAUCUGUGUUAUUAUCAAAUAUAAAUCAAGACAGCAAAGUGUUUACAUAGCGGCUCUAUCAUCUUUGAACGAAGAAUCAAUUGGAUUGUCUAGAUUAAGAGAAAAUUACUAUUCAUCCCUCAUCAAAAAAAGUCCAAACUAGCCUAUUGUGUCACAUUUGAUAAUGUCUGAAUGUAAAUUGUUUGUAAAAUACACUGAAACAUUAACCUUACUUCAGGUUAAAGGAUUUCCAACUCUUCAAAUUUAACAAACAUUAAGCGAUAUGUAAAGAUGAGUUUGUAAAUACUAGGGUAUAUUAUCUGCAUCAUGCUCAUAUUUUAUAGAAAUAUAUACUUAGCAGUGUAAUCUACAAAAUACUGAUGAAAAUCAUGUUCUUUGCCGAGAAACAAAUAUUUAGAAAAUCAAAUACAAACUCAACAAAACAUGGUUCUGUAGAAUAGAAAUUGGUAAUGUAAGGAUGGCAUCAGAAGUCUUUUAUCUGAACGUUUUAAAAUUCAAUUUUUGAAACGUUUUAAAGAUAAAUGUUAUAUACAGAUAUAUUUGACUAAUGCUUAUCUUUAAUCAUUUACAUUUAUGUUCUUUAUUUCAUUGUAAUGACUUGAUACUUCGCAUUUAAAGCAUAUAGAAUGCAUCCUUAAUUUUAUAUUUUAAUUAUUUUAUGGCAUCCAUAUAAAAACAAAUACAUGCAAUGUACUUGCGAAGUAUUAUAAUUUUAUAAGUAUUAUAAGUCUGUCUUAUUAUCUCUUCGAUAAAAACAAUUCAUAUUGACUGUUGAAUGGGGAAUUAAUGAAGUUGUUGUUUAUCGAAGGGGGGAUUUUAAUAUAUCGUUCGAUAUAAAGUCAAAGUAGGUUUUAAAAAGAAGAGAUACUUAAUAGAGAAGAAAAACUUCUUUUUAACAAAUGCAACUUAUUCGAUGGUUUUAAACUACGUAAUGUUCUGGAUUAAGCUAAAAAUCAUUUUUAAAAAAAUCAAAGAUGAAACAUACUGGAUAUUAAUACUGCCAGUGAUUUUUAUCAAUAGUUAAAUAGCGCUGACAUUUUUUUUGGUUUAGAAUAUAUUUGCCUAAAAUGUCAUUUUUCUCCAUCAAAUGUUUCUCAGAAUAAAUGUUUUCCGCAUAUUUUUAUAGAAUGCAUCCUUAAAUUUAUAUUUUGUUUAUUCUAUAGCAUCAAUGUAGAAACAAAUACAUGCAAUGUUCAUGCAAAGUAUUAAUUAGAAAAUAAAAAUACUAUCCCUGAUCUAUAUAUCUGUUUUGAAUGUAAAGAAGAUUGGUAA